AUGAAAACAUCUGCUCAAAAUUUGGGUAAAAGAUUGAUACACACUGCACCAAAAUUAAAAUUACAAGAUGAAUUUAUUAAAAAUGGUAUAAAUGGAUUAUACUCAUCACAAGGUUUUAAAUUAGCUUGGAUAGAUUAUCAAAAUUAUUUAACAAAAAAUUUAACUUUAUUAACAAAUGGUACUAUUGAUGAAACUCGUUAUCCUUUCAGUAUAGCCAUUGCAAAUGCUAAAGAUUCUUCUAAACAAAAUAUUUUCAAUAUAGCAUCACAAACUCAUAAUAAUCAUUUUUUUUUCCAACAAUUAAUAUCUUCUCAGGAAAAUAAUACUUCACCUUCAAGAGAAUUAAAUUCUAGAAUUAUUUCAAAAUUUGGUUCUUUAGAUUCUCUAGUUGAUCAAUUUGUCUUAGAAUCAAAAGAAAUUAUUGGUCAAGGUUGGAUUUUUUUAAUUGAAAAUGAAUCAAAAAAUUUAGAAAUUUUAACAUUAAAUAAUAGUGGUACUCCAUAUAAUUUCAGUGGGAAUCAUUCAUUAGAUCUUAAUGGUCCAAUUGGGUUAACUGAAUUAGAAGCAUGGGAAUCUAUUAAAGAAAGUACUUUAACUAAAGCACAAGAUUGGACUUUACCAUUAUUAGGUAUUUCUUUAUGGGAUCAUUCAUUUAUUACAGAUUAUGGUGUUGAUGGUAGAGAUGAAUAUAUUAAAGAUGUUUUCAAAAAUAUUAAUUGGGAUGUUGUUAAUAAAAGAUUAUAUGUUCAAUAA